AUGCCAGCGAGGCUGCUGCAAAAGUCAGCAGACUCUAGGGUCCCCGCCUCCUUUGCAGAGCCCCGUGAAGCAGCUGCCUUUCGGCGGUGUCACUGUGCAAGAAUCCGAGGGCAAAGAAGCAGCUCAGCGGGCUGGAGGCUUCUUUCUGGGACGGUCAGUUUCAUUGUCACCAGCAUGGAGACAGAGAGACCUAAAGCAGCAACUGCUCAUCUUCCUUGGUCCUGGGAAGACACACUGAGGAAGCUUCGCUCCCAGCAGUACCGACCGAAUGUUGUAAGAGAAGAGGGUGAGGAAUGGGAGGAACUAGAAAAAUUAGAGUGGGAAGAAGGAAGCAAGAACAGAAGACGAAAAGAAAGACGGGAGAAAAGGAAGAAAUAUUUGUCUAUUGCGGUUCAAGCAGUGCUGCUGGCUGGCUUCUGUCCUGGCCCUGAUCUCGUUUAUUGUAAGAAGGGAGCUUGGGGUUCCCCGCGGGCUUCAGGGUGGGGCUGUGUUACGUUGAAUGCGUUGCAUGAACUGGGAAGACUCCCCGAGGUGUCCCUUCCGGGUGAAAACUGGCUGCACGCCCCUUACUUGUUCCUCAGAUCAUCCGCUCUCCCAGGGUCCUGA